AUGGGCGGAGCAACAGAUGACUGCGUCGAGGGGUACCAUCUCACAGAAGAGUAUAAAUACCCAUCUCAUUCCUUCAUUCUCAUCUCAUUCGUCUACCCAACUCACUUACUACUUCUCCCGAAGAUGUCUCUCUCUAAGAUGACAGACAUCUCUGUGUCACUCUCUAGCUACACUGACGAUCUUUGGAGGAAUUGUUUCGAGCUGACCAACGAGAUGAACAUCACAGCUCCUGGUCGUCGUAUCUUCCCUACUCUGGAGUAUAUCGUCGCGGGGUUGGACCCAUCGAAAUACUACGUGAUCAGCAUGCAUUUCGAGUUUUUCGAUGACAAGAAAUUGAGAUAUGUCAAUGGAGUCUGGACAGAAUCUCCGUCAACUGAAGAGAAAGGAGUUCCACGGAUUGUAUUCCAUAAAGAUGGAGCUCAACUUGGAAAGGAUUGGAUGGAUAAGCCACUCAGCUUUGACCAGAUCAGAGUCACCAAUCGCAAGUCAAAUCAGCAUAAAGGGCCAUCGUUUGUCUACCUUCUUACUCAACACAGAUACAUCCCGGUUCUGACAAUCUUAGAGGGAGAUCAAAUCGUUCACAUCUCAAAAAUUGACUACACUUCAUUCAUCACUGUGACAGCAUAUCAUGGUGAUGCACUGAACCAACUCAAAACUGACAAUAAUCCAUACGCAACGGGAAGCCGUCAGGAUCGUCGUCAGAAGCGUGAAGCGGAGAGCAGCUCUCAAUCUGCGAAGAAAAUGAAAAAGGAGUCGGAACCAUCCACGUCAAAUUCUACUGCUCCUUCCAUUCCUUCUCCAGCACCAACCGCUUUCCCAUUUCUGUUCCCAACUAAUCUACUAUCACAACCAAAUGUACUCCUCCAACAGUUUCAGUUGUCCUCUCAAAUGUUCACUCAACCACAGCCUAUGUUUCCUAACCCACUUUUAGCUGUACUCUUCCCAACUCCACCAAUCACUCCAGGUGCACCGGCUCAAAUUGUGACUCCUCCAGUGAAUGUUGAGCCAGUUGAGCCACCUGAGGAGGAUGCCACUGUUGAUGCCUAA